AUGGUGGACACUGCCUUGAAGCAUCGAGCUGAGUUUGCCUUUGCUCAGCUUGAGAACGAGAGAUCUCUGACAUCUCUUCGUGACGAGCUAAGGGUAGCUCGUGGGAUUGUUGAUCGGUCUCGGGCUGAGAUAACUGCUCUUCAGACCCUUGUUGAUGCCCACCAUCGGGAGCACAAGGCUCUCUGCGAGAUGCUUGAGCGCAAGGGCGUUCUUCAUCGGAAGAAGCAGCGUACUGAUGGUACGGCUUAA